UCGAACCGUCCAUUUCGCCAGCUAUGUCGUCACCAAGCGCCGCGGUCCCUCAUCCCGACCGAAAACCAGCGGGCAAGUUGGCCACGAGAGAGCCCGCGGCGGCGGCCGCGCCACCACCCGCGGCGGUGGCCGCGCAGGCAGCGGCGCAGCGCAUUUCGGUCCGCAUAUCGAUGGCCGAGGGACAGGCGGAAACCUCCUGUGUUGUCUGCCUCCAGCCGUGCAGCUCGAAGGCGUGCAGCUGCUCCUACAUGCACAAGGACUGCGCCGAGCAAUACGCGAAGACCUUUAGCGCCGCCAAAUGCAAGGUGUGCGGCGUGGGCUUUGAGCCAUCGCGGCUCAACAAGAGGAAGAUUGAUGACGAGGACCGGCGAGGGGAGGAGCUCGCCCGCAAACGCGCGAGGGAGCGAGCAGCCACCGAGCGCGCCACCAACCUCGAGUGGGCGCGUCUCGUCGCGCCUAGCGCCGCCCACAUCCUGCUGCGCCACUACCGGCACGCUGAGGAGGAGAGCGGGCCAGGCGCGGCCGAGGUGCGGCCCCUCUGUUUCGACUCUGUGGUGCUGAGCCUCGUCCACUCGGGCGAGCAGUACCUCGACGACCUCUCGGAGCGGCUCUGCGACACACAGCCUCAGAGCACCGUCGAGGCAGCGGUGUCGCGCCUGCGCUCCAUCGCGGACGAUCUGAUGACCGAAGGGGUCGACGCCUCCUGCGGCGCCCUCUUCAUGCGCCUCUUCAACCAGGUGCUCGAGCGGCGGCUCGGGCCGCCUUAAGGACUCGGCGCCCGCCUCUACGUCCCGGACGCAUGGCAUGCGCAGUUGCCUGCACGCUUCCGUCCCAGACCUGACAUCGCACCACAUGCGCGCCCCCCACCUUGGCAUCCCAACACUCGCCGAGCCCCAGCCGGCGCGGCAGAGUCGAGCAGAUGCGGCGCUGCUCUACGAGCGAGAGCCGUACGAUACACACCGCAUUACACCGGAGCCGGUCCAGUGCCAAAGGUACUGAGACCACUGCCUCUUGUACAUACCCCGCGCCCUGUUCUCCUUUUGCCUUUGUAUGAUUAUGGAUCCCACUG